ACCCUGAGAGGAAAUUGCAGGCCGUAGCACAAAUUUUCUUUAUUAUGUACGUCUUUGUGAAUUCAGAAGGGAAAAGUAGUAACUUUUCUUUGAUCUUUCUGUUCUCAUUUGCACAGCUCUUGAAUUAGCAGAAGAAGCUGGACAUACUCUUCAAGCUGUAAGCAGAUCUCCCAUUGUAUAGAACUUUUGUUUAAAAAAGAUUUCUGAUAGAUUUCUGAUGAGUUUUUCUAGCAUUGUUCUUGUUCAUUUUGCACUUACAUUCUUGAUUUCAGGAACUACUUCGCCAAAAUGGUGGAGAAGGAGGUUUGUGGCAAUAUUUAUUUAUAAAAUUAAUAUAUUUUUCUCAGUUUACUGAGUAUUUUUCUGUGUCGUGGAUCACCCGCCAACCCGAGAAACUGCCCAUUUUUCGAAAGAUUUCAAACUUUUUGUCAUGUUGCUUUUUAGGGCAACUUCUUGUGCAGAAUAACAAUGAUAAUCAGGUCACGUCUGAGGUGAUUAUUAUGUUAUGUUGUUACAUAAUAUUUUGUUAUGUUGCGUUAUGUUGUGUUUUGUUAUAUUACGUUAAGUUAUGUUAUGUUAUUUCAUGUUAAUUCAUUGUUUUUAAUGUCUGCAUUGCUUUCUCACUUGUCCUCCAUUUCUCCUGCAUAAGAUUAUCCGUUAAAACUGAACAUCAUGUUAAGUACUGUUUAAAAAACGUGCAGAAGUGAAUUAUUUCACCUCAAGUUUUUAACCUGAUAAUACAUGACUGUUAGUGUUUUGAACGUCUUCAAAAUCUCUGAUAUAGAUCAACUCAUUCCUGCACUAAUAUUUUGAUUUUGGGUUAUUUUGGUGUAAAAAAUUUGACAUAAAGUUUAGUUGUGUCUUUAUCAGAUAUGAAGACACUCAUUAAACAUUAGUUUCUUUUGUUUUUCCUUUAUGAAUUAUUGGUGAGUUUUUGAAGCUUUUUCUCUAUUUUGUUAAGAUUGCUUUAUCUCUGAAUUUUUCAAAGUCACAUGCAUGGACCUUUUAAUAAUGGUCCAAGAUGGAUCACAGUCAAUGCAUGCCUUCUUUUCCACUUAAUUUUUUUUAUUAUUAUAUUUUAUGUGUCAGAGUUCACCAAGUACGCCAUUUGUUGAAGUGGUUUAUGAGAAAGAAGGAUUCUUGUACAAGAAAGAAGGAGUAAGUCAAUAAAUCUAUGUACCUCUUGAUAUGCGUACCAUAUUUUCAAACUUGUUCCAGUGCACUAGGUGUUUGUUUGAACAUGCUGCAUAUUUUGUCCCUAGUGUUCAUUAAGCAAGGGAAUUUAUUCAUUGCCCAUGAUAGCAGUAUAUGUUGUGGUUCAAUUUUAUGCUUGGUUCGAAUUUUAUUUUUCCUUGUUAUUGGGUAUGUUGAUGUGUGAUAAUGAGGUUGAAAGAAAAAAAAAAAAUCAAACGAAGGAUAAAGGUGAUCCAUAACAUAUUUCCAAUAUAGGCAAAGCUUAUUAUGGAACAGAAAAAAAAAAAACUUGAGCAUCAGAAUUUAUUCAAGAUCUGGCAUUUCGUUAAGAAAAUUUAUUAAUUUUAAUCAAUUGAUUAACUAAUUAAUUAAUUUUUUCAUUUGAUUCAUUUUUAUUUAGGGCUGGAGAAAACGCUGGUUUCUGUUAAAGGAUCGUCAACUUAAGUAUGGAAGAGGGGUCGGUAGAGCUUGAGUUUCGUUUCUUAGCAUUACAUUUCGUUUCAUUUCUACUAAAUACAAGACUAAAUGUACAAUUAUGUAAAUCAAGUUAAUAUAUUUGCAGCCUUACGAAAAGGAAGACCUUGUUACAAUUGACUUAACAACUGUGACCUCGCUGGUGAAGUGUCCCAAGGGAGAGGUGUUACAGAUGGAUAUUGUUACAGCUGACAAGUGAGAAAAUCAGAAUAUUUAAGGGCGGCUAUGUCACGAGGAUAUUGCUAUUCUGUGCUUAACCCUUCAAGCCCCAAUAUCCAAAUACAAAUUCUCCAAACUGAUCUCCAUACAUUUCCUUACGAAUUAGUUCAGAGAAUUUCAUAAAAGAUCAAGGCAUUUUCUCUUUGGUGAUCAUUUUAUUGAUUCUCAUAACCUAAUCUCUUGACAAUGUAUGGAUAUCAUUAGGAGAAAAUUGAUGUUGGUCACCAUUAGGACUUGACGGGUGAAGACAUUACUUAGUGUCUUUACUCAUACACAAAAUGCUCCUUUAGAGUCGGCAAGGAGAUACCAAACAGAUUGCAUCAGGGAGUACUUACCAGAAAAAAAACUGGCCCAAUUUUUCAGUUUCAGUCCAUGUCCAUCCUUGCUAUCCGUAGCAACAGAAAGCAGUUUCAGUAUGUAAAUUAAGCCUUAGGGUGCAUUCCUUUGGGAUGAUCCGGAUCAGGAUCAGUGAUCCGAGAUCACUCGGAUCAUUGUAAAUCUGGCCUGCGUAGCAUGGCGGUUUCGGUUGGGCGCGCUAAGUAAUAAAGGCGGGCGAGGGCAGAGAAACUGCGAGGAGAUGAUCCGAUGAAUCCUUUUUAAGAGUGGAUUCAUCUUCGCCUUUGAUGCAUCAUGAUCCGAGUGAUCUCGGAUCACUGAUCCUGAUCAGGACGCACCCAUAAAUAACAAGAAUGGACCAUAAUUUUUUGAAUUCAAUUGCUGUGAAGACACGUUCUAGCUUUUUAAAAAGAAUGCAAAUAGCGUGACAUAGCGCCUCUAAAAACCCUCUUAAGCUUGAGAGUUUAUUCAACCCCCCCCCCCCCCCCUCCCCCCCUACACCCCCCUUUCCCGCUUUCUCCUCUCUCCCCAUUCUCUCUCCUCGACUACCAUCAUCUCGCACUGAAUCUGACAUAUACACCCAUCUGGCAAACCGAACACGCAGACACUUGUUCAUUUUGCACUUACAUUCUUGAUUUCAGGAACUACUUCGCCAAAAUGGUGGAGAAGGAGGUUUGUGGCAAUAUUUAUUUAUAAAAUUAAUAUAUUUUUCUCAGUUUACUGAGUAUUUUUCUGUGUUGUGGAUCACCCCCCAACCUGAGAAACUGCCCAUUUUUCGAAAGAUUUCAAACUUUUUGUCAUGUUGCUUUUUAGGGCAACUUCUUGUGCAGAAUAACAAUGAUAAUCAGGUCACGUCUGAGGUGAUUAUUAUGCUAUGUUAUGUUAUGUAGUUAUGUAAUGUUUUGUUACGUUAUGUAUUGUUGUGUUUUGUUAUAUUACGUUAAAGUAUGUUACGUUAUUUCAUGCUAAUUCAUUGUUUUAAUGUCUGCAUUGCUUUCUCACUUGUCCUCCAUUUCUCCUGCAUAAGAUUAUCCGUUAAAACUGAACAUCAUUUUAAGUACCGUUUAAAAAACUAGCAGAAGUGAAUUAUUACGCCUCAAGUUUUUAACCCGAUAAUACAUGACUGUUAGUGUUUUGAACGUCUUCAAAAUCUCAAAUAUAGAUCAACUCAUUCCUGCACUGAUUUUGAUGAUUUUGGGUUAUUUUGGUGUAAAAAAUUUGACGCAAAAUUUAGCUGUGUCUUUAUCAGAUAUGAAGACACUCAUUAAACAUUACUUUCUUUUGUUUUUCCUUCAUGAAUUAUUGAUGAGUUUUUGAAGCUUUUUCUCUAUUUUGUUAAGAUUGCUUUAUCUCUGAAUUUUUCAAAGUCACAUGCAUGGACCUUUGAAUAAUGGUCCAAGAUGGAUCACAGUCAAUGCAUGUCUUCUUUUCCACUUAAUUUUUAUUAUUAUUAUUUUUUAAUUUGUCAGAGUUCAACAAGUACUCCAUUUGUUGAAGUGGUUUAUGAGAAAGAAGGAUUCUUGUACAAGAAAGAAGGAGUAAGUUAAUGUAUCUAUGUAGCUAUUGAUAUGCGUGCCAUAUUUUCAAACUUGUUCCAGUGCACUAGGUGUUUUUUUGAACAUGCUGCAUAUUUUGUCCAAAGUGUUUAUUAAGCAAGGGAAUUUAUUAUUUACUGCCUGGUUUGAAUUUUAUUUCUUUGUGUUAUUGGGUAUGAUGAUUUGUAAGAAUAAGUUUGAAACAAAGGAACGUAUAAUUCAAACCAAGGAUAAAGGUGAUCCACUACAUAUAUCUUCUCAAUAUACGCGAAGCCUAUUAUGGAACAAAAAUAGGAGUAAUUCAGAACUGGUAUUUCAUUAAGAAAAUAUGUUAAUUGAUUAAUGUUAAUUCAUUUAUUCAUUUGAUUCAUUUUUUAUUUAGGGCUGGAGAAAACGCUGGUUUCUGUUGAAGGAUCGUCAACUUAAGUAUGGAAGAGGGGUCGGUAGAGCUUGAGUUUUGUUCUUUAACGUUUCAUUUCAUGUCAUUUCUACUAAAUACAAGACUAAAUGUACAAUUGUGUAAAUCAAGUUAAUAUAUUUGCAGCCCUACGAAAAGGAAGACCUUGUUACAAUUGACUUAACAACUGUGACGUCACUGGUGAAGUGUCCCAAGGGAGAGGUGUUACAGAUGGAUAUUGUAACAGCUGACAAGUGAGAAAAAAUCACAAUAUUUAAGGGGGCUAUGCCACGAGGAUGUUGCUAUUCUGUGCUUAACUAUACAUGUACAAAUUCUCCAAACUGAUCUCCAUACAUUUCCUUACUGAAUUAGUUGAGAAAAUUUCAUAAAAGAUCAAGGCAUUUUCUCUUUGGUGAUCAUUUCACUGAUUCUCAUAACCUAAUCUCCUGAAAAUGUAUGGAUAUCAUUAGGAGAAAAUUGAUGUUGGUCACCAUCAGGACUUAACGGGUUAAGACAUUACUUAGUGCCUUUACUCAUACACAAAAAUGCUUCUGUAGAGUCGGCAGGAAGAUAUCACACAAAUUGCAUCAGGGAGUACUUACCACAAAAACUGGCCCAAUUUUUCAAGUUUCAGUCCAUGUCCAUCCUGCUAUCCAUAGCAACAGAAAGCAGUUUCAGUAUGUAAAUUAAGCCUUAUGGUGCAUUCCUUUGGGAUUAUCCGGAUCAGGAUCACUGAGCCGAGAUCACUCGGAUCAUUGUAAAUCUGACCUGCUUUUGCUUUUUUUGCUUUUGCUUGGGCGCGCUAAGUAAUGAAGGCGGGCGGGGGCAGAGAAACCGCGAGGAGAUGAUCUGAUUAAUCCUUUUUAAGAGUGGAUUCAUUGGCUUCUUUGAUGCAUCUUGAUCUGAGUGAUCUCGGAUCACUGAUCCUGAUCAGGACGCACCCAUAAAGAACAAGAAUGGACCAUAAUUUUUAGAAUUCAAUUGGUGUGAAGACACGUUUUAGCUUUUUAAAAAGAUAGCAAGUAGCGUGACAUAGCGCCUUUAAAAACCCUCUUAAGCUUGAGAGUUUAUUCACCCCACCCGCCCCCCCUGGUAUUUAACUUAAUUGUCAUGUGUAUUGUGGAUCCUUCUUUUUAGAACUCACAGUCUGAAAGCAGACACAGAGGAGGAGCUAGAGGCCUGGUACGCAGCUCUAAGAAGCAAACAGGUAGGAGCCUGGUGCUGAAUACAAUGGAAUCUCUCUGAAAUGUACAGUGGGACGUUUUCUUGUCAUUAAUACAUUUUCACUGUUUGUUCUGUUUGUCUUAAAAGGUGUUUGGUGUUUUGCUGAGUCAGCAGCAGUUGGGUUCAGAUGGUAUCCCUCAUUUGGUAGCGAAAUGUCUGCAGUUUGUUGAAACCUAUGGUAUGAAACAAAGUUUUUUUUAAUUUGAUCUCUUAAGCUGCGUUCACACGGCAGGCACCAGACGAAUUUUCGACCGGCUGAGGAGAGCCCUUAAGCAACAGGACGGGAAAUCCGUGUGAAGUCUGGGGCGAGACCGGCGUCGCGCUCUACUCGCUUGAACAUAAAAGCAACAUCGCCGCCACGGCAACUUCCCGCCAAAAGUGAAUUCGCGCUGCUUGCCUGCGCCGCUUCAAACUUUAUCGCGCUUAUUCCAUCUCAUUCAUUUCGUCAAAUGCUGGCAAUUUUUUCUGGAGUUUCUGGGGUUGAAUUCCAAAAGGCUGUAUCAAAGUUCAGGAAAAGAAAAAGAAAGUCGUUGCCUUGUGUUCACGUUCUCCACAAAACGUGAAAUUAGACAUUUUCACGUUGUAGUCGUGCAAUGAGGGCAAAGAAAUGGACAAAAAAGGGUGAUGCACGAGCAAAGUUGUUGUUUUGCCAAUCUUAAUGUAUUGUUUUUUUGCCGUUCUCGUUGACGUCGACGUCGUCGUUGCUUAAGUUCCCUAUUUGCCCAGUGCCGUGUGAACGUUACGUUAUUUUACCGCUUUGUUAAAAGAGAAACUUCAAAAACCACGCAAGUGGAGACAUGAAUUAUCGAGCAUAUAAGCUUACAUGAGCUUUGACAGCCAAAAGCUCGGUUUGUCUAUACGUGAGUAAGUUUGCUUUUCUUUACAAAUGAUUACAGGCGGUAUUGAGAUGGAAGGAGUUUAUCGAGUGAAUGGCGGACAGUUGACAAUGAAGAAACUGAAGACGGCUUUUGAUCAAGGUAAAGCUAUGGAACUGUGAUUGUUCAUCUGCGAAAACGUUGCUUUUUCUAGUUUCAUUUCAGACCAGGUUUCAACACAGUUUCGUAAAACUAAGUGCAACUCAAUUUCUUCCUUAUCUGAACUAAAAAACAAAACCAGCUAACUUCUGGAAGCAUGUCACCAAGCUCGAUCGGGAAACACGUGGGCGAUGUUCUUCUCCUAACUGGUGAAGAAAAGUGGCCUGAAAUUUUUUAACCAACCACAAAGCAUCCGCAAUCGGUCGCAAACGCGCGAGUACUUUUCACACUGUGUGAAUUACUGAUUGACACGUGUCUUAUUUCAGAUGCCAGAGGAGUGUUGUUGACUCUGGACGACUGCGGUGUUCAUGACGUCACUGGUGUACUGAAACAGUACCUCCGACAGCUUCCCGAUCCGGUCAUUCCGGGUACCAUGUACAAACAAUUCAUUGCAGCGGGAUGUAAGUAUCUGUCGCUUUAUUAACCUGCUACAAGUUUUUGCUUUUAGCUGUGUACAAUUGUGGUGCUGCAUUUGCAAAGUGCGUUUUUCAAAGAGGAUAUUUACUUUGAAUGGCUGCCCUUUACUAUUUUAAGUAGCUCAAUAAUUUCGUUGAUGUUGUUUAUUUUUAGUAACUCAUGACCACAGCACAAGAUUGAUAGCCAUCAAGGACCUGAUCAACCAACUUCCCAAAGUGAACCAUGAUACUUUGAAGGAAAUCAUUUUUCAUUUGACAAAGUAUGUAUCACAUACUCGAGAGCUUCACUAGAAGCCCUCACUCACUGGCGUUAUUGCCUUGCAUGAGUUUUCCCCGCUUGGCACCCGUUUCAUUGUUCCCUGCGCUUGGCACCCGUUCCAUAUUUUCCCGCGUCCUGUACCACCUUCCCAUAAUCACCCACGCUUGGCAUCUGUUCCAUAUUUCCCGCGCUCAUAGCAUUAGCUGAGUCAAGCUGAGUAUUAUUAUUACAUUCAUUCUGCUACUUUUGCCUUCACGACAACAAUAAUUUACCACGCGGGGUGUUAAAGUACGUUUUUUAGUGCUUCUCAUAUUCUUAACUGCGUAGACUAGUAUUAAAGCAGGGUGUUGACAGUUAAGCGUAUUUCUUUUUCAGAGUGGUAGGAUUUCACGCUGUGAAUAAGAUGGGUGUACCUAAUAUUGCUAUGAUCUUUGGACCCACUCUGAUGUCUAAUGAGAAUGUAAGCAUUCACAUUUUUUCUUUGGGCACAAAAGGCGCGAAACUGUCUUACAUCAAAUGCGCUGCUUUUGCAUUUCUACGCUUGUAAUUGGUUAAAAAAUCUGGCUCCUUUUUCUCAACCAAUCAGUAGUAAAAGCACAAUCAACCAUGACUUGUUCACGUGCGUUCUAUCGCGCUUUGCUGGCCGACGGCGGGCUCCAUCCACUCGUUUCGAGGUCUGAUCGGUCUGAUUGGCUUGUUGUAUUGUCUGAGUUGUAUUUUCUGAUUACUUUGUGUUCUUUGUUUUUCUUUUUGAACCGUAUUUUUAUUGUUACCAUUUUUUUCAGACUGGUAGAAUGGAUGACGCCUCAAUCAACCAGGAAUUCUCCAUUGUUGGAGAUAUGAUCAAUUAUUACCAGUGGCUCUUUAGUGUAAGUUCGCAAAAUGUUAUGUAACAGAGUCAGUUUGGCAUACUUGUAAAGUAAUUUUACUGUGGAACCUGACUGCUAUCGUGUAAAGCAUAGUUUUCCUCCCAUUGGAUUGUUCUGCGCCUUCGUACAAUUAUCGGAACUCCAUUUUCCUUUUAAAAGGCACCAGCGCCAAUUUAGAAAGCUUACUCUUGAAAGAAAAUGCACUCAAAGCAGCAUCGAGUUUAGUUCGACUAAACUUCGCGCAAGUGAGUAUUCGAGAAUUUUUGAUAUAAUUAGCGUAAGGCUCAUGUCAUUACUCCCCGAUAGUGAGAAUAAUAACGAUAACAACGACAACGACGACGAGGACGAUGAUGAUGAUGAUGAUGAUGAUGAAUUUGAUAACUCUGAUGGUAACAAUAUUUUUUUUUCUGCUAGGUGGAUAAUGAGGAAUUUGAAAAGGACAAGGUAGAAAUUUCGAAUUGUUUUUGUUUAUAUGUUGUCAAAUUUACUAGAUGAUUUUGUCUCUCGAUUGUCUAAUGCCUGCUCUCAUAUUUGUUAGGCCAUCCAACUUGCCAAGCAGAAGAUAAGAUUGCUGAACGAGUCCAGGGUACUACAAUGAAUUUAACAUUUAUUUUUUCAUUGACGUGAUGUUGUUAUGGAGUCAACUAUUAUUUUGUUUUACAGAGCGAAAAAAGCGAGAGCACCAGUGGAGAAUUCACUCUGGACAUUUAUGUUAAAGAGAAAAACGACGAUGCUUGUCGAUUGAAGGUGAUUACUCAUUCUUCCUUAUCAAUCAUAGUGGAUGAAAUUUUUAAGGCGGUCUCUAACAAAGCCGUUUACGGAAGCAGUCGUUUCAACGUUUCUACUCUCCAACGCAGCCCCGUUAUUUAAGUUCCCACGCGUGGCGUCACCCCUUUUGUGAAGCGUAGCGUUAUGUUACGACCUGUUAAAGGAAAGCCUCCCACGCAGACGUUCUUAGGGGUUUGUCACGCGUUCCUACCCCACUAGGAACGCGUGACGAACCCCUAAGAACGUCUACGUGAGAGGCUAGUCUGUGACAGGCACUUUUCAGUAAUGAAAACUCCUUUUAUUUCCAGCGUAGUCUUUGUGGGUCACGCAUCACGUCUCCCGUUGCGUGACUACCGGCAGAGUGACUUGUUUGAAAACUUUUUUUCAGGUUUCGUCUGAGAUGACAGCGGGGCGGGUGUGUGCUGAGGUCGUAGCGAUUAAGAAGUUACCACCGAAUAUUGACUGGGUUUUAUUCGAAGUCAUUGAUAAUGGAGCCAUGGGUGAGUACUGUACUAUAUAAGGGAAAACCAAACACCUGUUUUUGCGUGUAAAUGUAUGACGGGUUGUGUCCCAGAUUACCUUACAUCCAAGCUAGUUACCAGAGACCAAGUUUCUGGCCGCGUAACACUUGAUUCACAACGAUUAAAUAUCCCUUUAUUUAAAACAUCUGCUGGGAUUUUAGACAGAAACUAAGGCAAAUAUUGUUACAAAAAUUUCUUGAUCCCGCGAACGUUUUAUAAACUUAGGUAAAUUUUUCCCCUCAUUUUAAGGUAGAUAUAUAUUUCUUAAAACCUUUAUAAUGCAUUAUACCUUUGUCUUGUAUCACUGAAAAGCCCCGAAGGGGGAGUGUGCAAUAAACUUCUUACUCUUACCCCUAGUCAGAAGUUAAAUGACUUGUUGGUUAGAAAUGAUUUACAUUCAGUGGAACCUCUCCUUUGGGACACCUCUAUUCACGGGACUCUUGCCUCCGUCCCGAUGGUAUCUUCUGAAUAUCGGUUCCACUGUAUUAUGGCAUAGAGUCCUUGCGUGAUGCGUUCUUCUUUAGACAAAACAGUCACAAGAACAUUGACCCCAAAGAACCCUUUAGAAAUCUUUUCAUUGUGAAACAAUUUUUCCCAUUCAGUACCAUAGAAAAUGUAGGGAGAAUAUGCUCGAUUUCCGCCAUCUCCCUGGUCCGUUCUUUGAUCCUUNCGGGGCGGGUGUGUGCUGAGGUCGUAGCGAUUAAGAAGUUACCACCGAAUAUUGACUGGGUUUUAUUCGAAGUCAUUGAUAAUGGAGCCAUGGGUGAGUACUGUACUAUAUAAGGGAAAACCAAACACCUGUUUUUGCGUGUAAAUGUAUGACGGGUUGUGUCCCAGAUUACCUUACAUCCAAGCUAGUUACCAGAGACCAAGUUUCUGGCCGCGUAACACUUGAUUCACAACGAUUAAAUAUCCCUUUAUUUAAAACAUCUGCUGGGAUUUUAGACAGAAACUAAGGCAAAUAUUGUUACAAAAAUUUCUUGAUCCCGCGAACGUUUUAUAAACUUAGGUAAAUUUUUCCCCUCAUUUUAAGGUAGAUAUAUAUUUCUUAAAACCUUUAUAAUGCAUUAUACCUUUGUCUUGUAUCACUGAAAAGCCCCGAAGGGGGAGUGUGCAAUAAACUUCUUACUCUUACCCCUAGUCAGAAGUUAAAUGACUUGUUGGUUAGAAAUGAUUUACAUUCAGUGGAACCUCUCCUUUGGGACACCUCUAUUCACGGGACUCUUGCCUCCGUCCCGAUGGUAUCUUCUGAAUAUCGGUUCCACUGUAUUAUGGCAUAGAGUCCUUGCGUGAUGCGUUCUUCUUUAGACAAAACAGUCACAAGAACAUUGACCCCAAAGAACCCUUUAGAAAUCUUUUCAUUGUGAAACAAUUUUUCCCAUUCAGUACCAUAGAAAAUGUAGGGAGAAUAUGCUCGAUUUCCGCCAUCUCCCUGGUCCGUUCUUUGAUCCUUCCCGACAAGAGAACUCUUUUGUGGGGUAGGGGAGAGGGGUUGGGGGGUGAGUGCGGGCUCCGGCAGGUUCCGGAACUGCGGCUGGUAAUCGAGCCUAUGGGGAGAAUAGCCUCCCUACCAUGCAGAAAUUCUGAGGGCUUUGUCACGCCUUUCUUCUUCAAGGUUCCCUCUGUUGUAUUUGUCUUACUUGGCCGUUUUCCUUCUUUUCCAGAGCGUGCAUUCCAAGUUCGAGAGAAAGUUCUUGCUGCUGCAAAUUGGGGGAGUGGGAACUACCUCAUCGUCAAGGAGAAUUAUAUCGCUGAGCAGAUUAAUCCUCACGUAAAUAUUGUAUUUUGUCCAUUUUGGUGAAGAUUUGAGGUCACAUCUGUGACUCAAACUCGGGACCUCUACACAUAAGGCCGCGCAGUAACCAAAUGUGUCAAUCCUUGUUCAUGGUAGUUUGUUUUUGUUGAAUGAAAGAAAAAAUAUAAUUCUUUUCUGAAUUGAAAAACGGAAAUAUCCAACAAACCAUCGUUAUAGGUUUUUUGGAGCAGGGAUGAUGCAGUGGAGAGAGCGCUCCCUUCCCACCAGUGUAGCCAGGGGUUGAGUCGCAGGAUGGACGCCACAUAUGGGUUGAGUUUGUUGUUGGUUCUUCUUUCUGCUUUAGGAGGAUUUUCUCCCGGUACUUCGGUUUUACCCGCUCCUCAAAUACCAACAUAUCAUAAGUUUAAUUUGUACGGGAAAGUGUCUCCAAAUUUGUAAGAACGCUUAGAGGGCCUUAGGUUUAUCAGCAGUUCUUGCCAAUGUCAAGUGUCACCAUAUGUAUUUUUGUUUUCUUUUUCCCGUCAGGUCGGUUGGCUGUCAAUGGAGGGCACUUUGCACAUGCGGGAACCUAAAAAGGGCUGGAAACAGUCUCACUUAAGCUUGAAGAAUGGCUACCUGUCAGUCAACAAAGAGAGAGGGGUCAGUUCAAAUUCGCAAUUUGUAGUAGUCAAAACUGUUUUAAUCAAUUGGGUAAAUAAAAGGAAACCACACUCACUUUCCAUUGUCGAAAUCACUUCAUCGCUUAUCAUUCUUUGGAUUACUUUUGAAGUAAUGAAAAUAAUGAGAAUUUGGCCAAUUGCAAUGGGAACGAAAAGGCAGUGAGGGAGGGAGGGCUGGGGCACUUGCACUAGGCGCGUAGAGACAUUAAGCGAACUAUCAACUGCCUUCCCUGACCUCGUUCCCAGGGUCUCUUCUGUUUCUGACUCAAGGCAAGAAAAGAGAGGACCCUGGGUAUGAGGUUAUGCCUUGCCUAUUCUUACAAGUCCCUGCCCCGCUCGUUACUUUUAAUCUGAGCUCGGAUGAUAUUUAUUUCAGCUGAUUGCAAAAGCGAUUAAAUCUGACAAAUCUGAACCCGAGCAAUGGCCUCUUCAUAAACUGACUUUGUAUGUGGGAGUUCCAGCCGAAAAAGCAACCAAAGGAGUCGACACAAGAACCCCCCCCCCCACCCCUCCCUGUAUGGAACCUAAUUGUCAUGUGUAUUGUUGAUCCUUCUUUUUAGAACUCACAGUCUGAAAGCAGACACAGAGGAGGAACUAGAGGCCUGGUACGCAGCUCUAAGAAGCAAACAGGUAGGAGCCUGGUUCUGAAUACAAUGGAAUCUCUCUGAAAUGUACAGUGGGACGUUUUCUUUUCAUUACUACAUUUUCACUGUUUGUUCUGUUUGUCUUAAAAGGUGUUUGGUGUUUUGCUGAGUCAGCAGCAGUUAGGUUCAGAUGGUAUCCCUCAUUUGGUAGCGAAAUGUCUGCAGUUUGUUGAAACCUAUGGUAUGAAACAAAGUCUUUUUAAUUUGUCCUCUAAAGCUGCGUUCACACGGAAGGCACCGGACGAAUUUUCGACCGGCUGAGGAGAGACGUUAAGCAACAGGACGGAAGGAGACGGCGGCGAUGGGAAAUCCGUGUGGAGUCUGGGGCGAGACCGGCGUCGCGCUCUACUCGCUUGAACAUAAAAGCAACAUCGCGACGGCAACUUCCCACCAAAAGUGAAGACGCGCUGCUUACCCGCGCUGCUUCAAACUUUAUCGCGCUUAUUCCAUCUCAUUCAUUUCGUCUAAUAUUGGCAAUUUUUUCUGGAGUUGAAUUCUAAAAGACUGCAUCAAAGUUCAGGAACAGAAAUAGAAAGUCGUCUUGUGUUCACGUCCUCAAAAAAAAACGUGAAAUUAGGCAGUCUCACGUCGUAGUCGUGGAGUGAGGGGAAAGAAAUGUACAAAAAAGCGUGAUGUCCGUGCAAAGUUGUUGUUUUGCCAAUCUAAACUUAUUGCUUUUUUGCCGUCCUCGUUGACGUCGACGUCGUCAUUGCUUAUUAUAUCCCUAUUCGCCCGGUGCCGUGUGAACGUAACGUUUUUUUUUUACCGCUCGGUUAAAAGAGAAACUUCAAAAACCACGCAAGUGGAAACAUGAAUUAUCGAGCAGCUAAGCUUACUUGAGCUUUGACAGCCAAAAGCUCGGUUUGUCUAUCCGUGAAUAAGUUUGCUUUUUUUUUUUACAAAUGAUAACAGGCGGUAUUGAGAUGGAAGGAGUUUAUCGAGUGAAUGGCGGACAGUUGACAAUGAAGAAACUGAAGACGGCUUUUGAUCAAGGUAACGCUAUGGAGAUGUGAUUGUUCAUCCGCGAAAACGUUACUUUUUCUAGUUUCGUUUCAGACCAGAUUUCAACAGAGGUCUGUCAACAGAGCUUCGUAAAACUGAGUGCAAUUCAAUUUCUUCCCCAUCUGAACGAAAAAACAAAACCAGCUAACUGCUGGAAGCAUGACACCAAGCUCGAUCGGGAAACACGUGGGCGGUGUUCUAUUCCUAACUGGUGAAGGAAAGUGGCGCGAGAUUUUUUUAACCAAUCACAAAGCAUCCGCACACGGUCGCAAUCGCGCAAGUACCUUUCACACUGUGUAAAUUACUGAUUGACACGUGCCUUAUUUCAGAUGCUAGAGGAGUGUUGUUGACUCUGGACGACUGCGGUGUUCAUGACGUCACUGGUGUACUGAAACAGUACCUCCGACAGCUUCCCGACCCGGUCAUUCCUGGUACCAUGUACAAACAAUUCAUUGCAGCGGGAUGUAAGUAUCUGUCGCUUUAUUAACCUGCCACAAUUUUUUACUUUUAGCUUUGUGCAAUUGUGGUGCAGCAUUUCCCAAGUGCGUUUUUCAAAGAGUAUAUUUACUUUAAAUGGCUGCCCUUUACUACUUUAAGGAUCUCAAUAAUUUCGUUGAUGUUGUUUAUUUUUAGUAACUCAUGACCACAGCACAAGAUUGAUAGCCAUCAAGGACCUGAUCAACCAACUUCCCAAAGUGAACCAUGACACUUUGAAGGAAAUCAUUUUUCAUUUGACAAAGUAUGUACCACAUACUCGAGAGCUUCACUAAAAGCCAUCACUCACUGGCACUAUUGCCUUGCAUGAGUUUUCCCGCGCCUGGCACCCGUUUCAUUGUUCCCUGCGCUUGGCACCCGUUCCAUAUUUUCCCGCGUCCUGCACCACCUUCCCAUAAUCACCCAUGCUUGGCAUCUGUUCCAUAUUUCCCGCGCUCAUAUCAUUGGCUGAGUCAAGCUGAGUAUUAUUAUUACAUUUAUUCUACUGGUUUUGCCUUCAUGACAACAAUAAUUUACCACGUGGGGUGUUAAAGUAAGUUCUUUAAUGCUUCUCAUAUUAUUAACUGCGUAGACUAGUAUUAAAGCAGGGUGUUGAUAGUGAAGCGUAUUUCUUUUUCAGGGUGGUAGGAUUUCACGCCGUGAAUAAGAUGGGUGUACCAAAUAUCGCUAUGAUCUUUGGACCCACGCUGAUGUCUAAUGAGAAUGUAAGCAUUCACUUUUUUCUUUGGGCACAAAAGGCGCGAAACUGUCUUACAUCAAAUGGCUGGUUUUGCAUUUGGUUAAAAAAUCUGGCUCCUUUUUCUCAACCAAUCAGUAGUAAAAGCACAAUCAAUCAUGACUUGUUCACGUGCGUUCUAUCGCGCUUUGCUGGCUGACGGCGAGCUGCAUCCACUCGUUUCGAGUUCUGAUUGGCGUGUUGUAUUGUUUGAGUUGUAUUUUCUGAUUACUUUGUGUUCGUUGUUUUUCUUUUUCAAUCGUAUUUUUAUUGUUGCCACAUUUUUCAGACUGGUAGAAUGGAUGACGCCUCAAUCAACCAGGAAUUCUCCAUUGUUGGAGAUAUGAUCAAUUAUUACCAGUGGCUCUUUAGUGUAAGUUUGCAAAAUGUUAUGUAUAAACAGAGUCGAUUUGGCAUACUUGUAGAGUAAUUUUACUGUGGAGCCUGACUGCUAUCGUGUAAAGCGCAGUUUUCCUCCUAUUGGAUUGUUCUGUGCGUUCUUACAAUUAUCAGAACUCCGUUUUCCUUUUAAAAUGCACCAGCGCCAAUUUCGAAAGCUUACUCUUGAAAGGAAGAUGCACUCAAAGCAGCAUCGAGUUUAGUACGACUAAAAUUCGCGCAAGUGAGUCUUCGAGAAUAUUUGAGAUAAUUAGCGCAAGUCUCAUGUCACUACCCCCCGAUAGUGAGAAUAAUAACGAUAACGACAACGACAAUGAUGAUGAUGAUGAUGAUGAUGAAUUUGAUAACUCUGAUGGUAACAAUAUUUUUUCUGCUAGGUGGAUAAUGAGGAAUUCGAAAAGGACAAGGUAGAAAUGUCGAAUUGUAUUUGUUUAUAUGUUGUCAAAUUUACUGGAGGAUUUUGUCUCUCGAUUCUCUAAUGCCUGUUCUCAUGUUUGUUAGGCCAUCCAACUUGCCAAGCAGAAGAUAAGAUUGCUAAAUGAGUCCAGGGUACUACAAUGAAUUUAACAUUUAUUUUUUCAUUGACGUGAUGCCGUUAUGGAGUCAGCUAUCAUUUUGUUUUACAGAGCGAAAAAAGCGAGAGCACCAGUGGAGAAUUCACUCUGGACAUUUAUGUUAAAGAGAAAAACGACGAUGCUUGUCGAUUGAAGGUGAUUCCUCAUUCUUCCUUAUCAAUCAGGGUGGAUGAAAUUUUAAGACGGUCUCUAACAAAGCCGUGUACGGAAGCAGUCGUUUCAACGUUUUUACACUUCAACGCAGCCCCGUUAUUUAAGUGGCCACGCGUAGCGUCUCCCGUUUUGUGAAGCGUAGCGUUGUGUUACGACAUGUUAAAAGAAAGAGUGAGUAGGCGACGGUAGUCGACUCUUUCUUAACGGACACCUCCAUAAGACGUGCACCUCAGAAAACAGACACAUAGAGUUGCUCCCUGCCUUUCUGUACUCCUUUUAUUUGAUUCCCUAUUAGGGGGACAUCUCUCUGAGACUAUCCUCCCACGCAGACGUUCUGAGGGGUUCGUCACGCGUUCCUGCCCCACUAGGAACGCGUGACGAACCGCUAAGAACGUCUGCGUGGGAGGCUACUCUGAGACGGGAACUUUUUAGUCAUGAAAACUCCUUUUAUUUCCAGGGCAGUCUUUGUAGGUCACGCAUCGCGUCUCCCGUCGCGUGACUACCCGCAGAAUGACUUGUUGUAAAACUUUUUUUCAGGUUUCGUCUGAGAUGACAGCGGGGCGGGUGUGUGCUGAGGUCGUAGCGAUUAAGAAGUUACCACCGAAUAUUGACUGGGUUUUAUUCGAAGUUAUUGACAAUGGAGCCAUGGGUGAGUUCUGUACGAUAUAAGGGAAAACCAUUUGUAGUCAGAAAUUAAAUGACUUGUUGGUUAGAAACCAUGUACAUGCAAUGGAGCCUCUCCUUUGGGACACCUCUAUUCACGGGACUCUUGCUCGGUCCCGAUGGUAUGUCCUGAAUGCUAGUUCCAUUGUAUUAUGGCAUAGAGUCAUUGUAGGAUGCGUUCUUCAGCAUACUUUCACUAAUGAAUGAGACAAAACAGCCACAAGCUGAACAUUUGCUACAAACAUCCCUUUAGAAAUCUUUUCAUUGUGAAACAAUUUUCCCGGUCAGUACCCUAAGAAACGUAGGGUGAAUAUGCUCGAUUUCAGUCAUCUCCCUGGUCCGGUUUUUGAUCCUUCCCGACAAGAGAACUCUUUUGGAGUGGAUGUGCGGGCUCCGGCAUUUUGCUGAACAGCGGCUGGUAAUCUAGCCUAUGGGGAAAAUAGCCUCCAUUCCUUGCAGAAAUUCUGAGGGCCUUGUCACGCCUUUCUUCCCCAAAGUUCCCUCUGUCUUUUUUUUUGUCUUACUUGGCCGUUUUCCGUAUUUUUCCAGAGCGUGCAUUCCAAGUUCGAGAGAAAGUUCUUGCUGCUGCAAAUUGGGGAAGUGGGAACUACCUCAUCGUCAAGGAGAAUUAUAUCGCUGAGCAGAUUAAUCCUCACGUAAAUAUUGUAUUUUGUCCAUUUUGGUAAAGAUUUGAGGUCACAUCUGUGAAUCAAACUCGGGACCUCUCACACAGAAGGCCGCGCAGUAACCAAAUGUGACAAUCCUUGCUCGUGGUAGUUUGUUGUUGUUGAAUUAAGGAAAAAAACAGAAAUAUCCAACAAACCAUCGUUUUAGUUUUGUUGGAGCAGGGAUGAUGCAGUGGAGAGAGCAUUCUCCUCCCACCAGUGUGGCCAGGGGUAGAGUCCCAGGAUCGACGCCACAUAUGGGUUGAGUUUGUUGUUGGUUCUUCCAUCUGCUCUAAGAGGAUUUUCUCCCGGUACUUCGGUUUUCCCGCCUCUCAAAUACCAACAUAUCAUAAGUUUAAUUUGUACUGGAAAGUGUCUCCAAAUUUGUAAGAACGCUUAGAGGGCCAUAGGUUUAUGAGCAGUUCUUGCCAAUGUCAAGUGUCACCAUAUUUAUUUUUGUCUUCUUUUUCCCGUCAGGUCGGUUGGCUGUCAAUGGAGGGCACUUUGCACAUGCGGGAACCUAAAAAGGGCUGGAAACAGUCUCACCUAAGCUUGAAGAAUGGUUAUCUUUCAGUCAACAAAGAGAGAGGGGUCAGUUCAAAUUCGCAAUUUGUAGUAGUCAAAACUGUUUUAAUCGAUUGGGUAACCACACUCAUCUGCUAUUGUCGAAAUCACUUCAUCGCUUAUCAUUCUUUGGAUUACUUUUGAAGUUAUGAAAAUAAUGAGAAUUUGGCCAAUUUCAAUGGGAACGAAAAGGCACUGAGGGAGGUAGGGCUGGGGCACUUGCACUAGGCGCGUAGAGACAUUAAGCGAACUAAUUAGCGAACUAUCAACUGCCUUCCUCGACCUCGUUCCCAGGCUCUUUUCUGUUUCUGACUCAAGGCAAGAAAAGAGAGGAUCCUGGGUACGAGCUUAUGCCUUCCCUAUUCUUACAAGUCCCUUCAAGGCUCGUUAGUUUUAAUCUCAACUCUGAUAUUUAUUUCAGCUGAUUGCAAAAGCGAUUAAAUCUGACAAAUCUGAACCCGAGCAAUGGCCUCUUCAUAAACUGACUUUGUAUGUGGGAGUUCCAGCCGAAAAAGCAACCAAAGGAGUCGACACAAGGUAAGUGGCGUCCUUCAUUUUAACACUUGAAAGGUGUUUUAUUAGCUUAUUUGUAUGAUUAUGGCUGCAAGUUUAUCCCACUGUAACAAAUUUUAAGACAGUGAUUACCAUUCUUUGUCUCGUUAUAUUCAUGUUCUUGGUAAAUAAAGGUCGAUGAAUAACAAAACACGAUGAGGUUGGUAAUUUUACCUAGUUUGGUGAUGUCUGGUUGGCUAAUGUAAAGCCGUGAGCCCCAAAACUCUACACAUAUUCGUUUUGUGAUAAACGUAAAUUCAUGUCUAAGCUAUUACAAAGUGAAAACGAACUCAAAGUCAUCGUGCGUGCAAAUUGAAAAAAAAGAUUGAUGAAACGUUAAUAUGAAUUCGUGGUCUUUCGCGGCUCCCGGUUGACCAGGAAAUGGCCAUUUACGUCUCUUACUUUUGUUAUGUUACUGGCUCGAUUUGGCAGCCAUGAAUGCUUACGCGUUCUUAACUGUUUGCGUUAAACCUUUGCCUGUACUGUACGGCGGUUUGGCGUUUAUCGGGCCCUUGCGACGGUUAAUGUUGGCGAUAGCCGGAAACUUUCAUAUCUUUAUCCGCAGUUCAAAGUAUGAGUCAUUUCAUACAUUUCCAGUUUACUCUCUAUUUUUUAUCAGAACAACCCCUUAUGAGUUUCUGUUUUUAUUCAAUAGUUUUUUGUUUUCUCUAGUUGCGGAUUUACUAUUGUUGUGAAAACGGAUCAGGAGGAAAUCACUAGGUAAGUAAUAAUCAGAAUUAGAAUCGGAAUCAUAUCCAUGAUAAUUACAAAUAUUUUUCAAGUCGGCCUCUAAUCACUGAAAAGUUGUUUUCGGGAGACCCCUCUUUUCUAUAUUUGCAAAGGUUGCCCAUCGCGCCAUGAAACAUGAAAUUAUAAGAAUAAAAUAUGCGAAAUACAACAAAACGUUUUUCCGGUUGUCGCCUCUCUCAAGCUAGGAUAAAAACCGAUUAGUUAUAAUAUUUUUGAGCGAUAAAAUGGAAGAGGGGUAAAGAUCUUCGCCCCUUGUUCCAGUUAGAUAACCUUUUAGUAAAGCUUUUACUAUUGUUCACGAGGUUUGUGCUUGCAAGAGGCGUCUCUCUUCAAUAGAGACAGAGUUUGUUCCUGAUUGACACUCGCUAACCGUUCCAUUUACUUUCGUCAUGGAAAGGUACAUUUGCGUUAAGGACAAAAGAGACUUGAAUCGCUGGUUGGCAGCCAUACUGAAUAUGAAGGUAAUUUUGAACUAUUGUUAUUUUUUUGUGUAUGUUUAGUUGCGGCUGAUCAGAUUUGAGUUUAAGUUUCUGAGUUGUACUAGUCUAUAAAUUUUCACUCUCUCUCGUCAGUGAGAUCUCAGCUUGUUCCUGGCUCUCAGUUAGCUGGGACGAACAAAAAGGGCGAGAAUAAGAAGAGUAGGCGAUGUCUCUCUCCACUCCUCGCCCGUUUAAUUUUUUCGCAGUCGCAAAACAGUCUACGAAGAUCUUCACCAGGUCACUUUUGAUCCGUCCCUGAGUCCUUUGUCCUUUUGGGGACAAGUGAGUGCUGGUAGCCACCUUGGAUUCAUCACAUGCGCUCAUCUCUUGAACUUACUCAAUCAUUAUUUGACUAUAAUCUUCGUCUUUUUUUUUUUUGCAUCAGCAUCCUGAAGGUAUCUGGUACGAUCCUUCGCAGAAGGAAACAAUAGCAUCUUCAUCUUCUGUGGGAGCUCAGGUAUUGCUCUUGCAUAUUAUUAUUAUAAUAUCAUAGGUGACGAAUUACUCCUUCAUUUUGGCGCGAAAUUUCAGCGUUAAUUUGUAAUUUCACAUGUGAAAUUACAAAAUUGCCAUGGCAACCUUCGUACGUCUCAGUGUCAAGAUGGCGACGAAGUUUUAAAAUGCCGUGAAUGAAAAUAUCAGUGCACAAAAAGACGCUUUAGAAAACCUGAACACACAAGAGAACAUCAAGAAGGAUUCUAACAGGUAUUUUGCCGAAAUAGUCUGAAAAAUUCUGAACUUUAUAAGCCAGAUUUAAGGUCUAAACAUUUGAGAGAGUGGAGUUCUCGAUCGAUACAAUCCAGGAUAAACAUGUCAAAAAUCCAAGGUUGCUAACGUAAUUCGUCCCCCAUGAUAUUAAUAGGUAGUCAAAUGGUAUACUCGUGAAAUUAUUCCCUAAUUUCACUCGUCAUCAUUUGAUUACACAUACUUAUUAUUAUUUGUGGGGGGUGGUGAGGGAGGGGGUAGGGGGGACUAAUCCAUGAGGUACGAAAUACUCAACCCUUGCAGUAAAUUUUUCGGCAAGCAUCUGAAGCUAUUUCAGAGAUCAAACGGUCGUACAAAAAUGGUUGUAUUCCAAAGAGUAGCGAUGAAUAACUUUGUUUUGUAUUUUUUUGUUUAACUGUAAUUGGACGUUAAUGACAUUGUGCUUGUCGUUUUCUCUCUUUCAGCAGACGGACGAUUUACCCAUGUUUCUGGGAAGGCAGGUCUGUUGCUUAAUCAUUUCUCAUCUGUAUUGAUUGUAAUAGUAUUACUCGCCCGAUAGAGUACCGAAGUGAUGACGUCAUAGAAAAUGAAAUUUUUGAAAUUAUGGGAUUUGUUAAGAUAUUCUGAAAGAACAACGUCCAAGACGCCUACUCGCCAAAAAUUAGCAAUUCGGGGCAAAUUGUCUCUGAGAUAUUAGCCCAGUUAUGCUGUGACGAUUCCAUACAAAUCCUUCUAAAUUUGUCUUGGUUCAUAAGAUUGGGAACCAGGUAAGAUUUAGAAGGAUUUGUAUGGAGUCAUCGGAGCAUAACUGGGUUAAUAUCUCAGGGACAAUCUGCCCCAAAUUGCUAAUUUUUGGCGAGUAGGCGUCUUGGACGUUGUUCUUUCAGAAUAUCUUAACAAAUCCCAUAAUUUCACAAAUUUCAUUUUCUAUGACGUCACACAUCGGUACUCUAUUACACCUGAAUUUUAACCCAAUCUUUCCUAUUACCAAUUAAUUGUGUCAAUAACAAAGGGCAGAAUCUCAGUAUCUCAGUAUUGGAAUAUUUAUUUAUGUCAUCACAAAGUUCUUGUGACGUCAGCUUGAAAGCUUCCAAAGCAAAAACAUCGCUUACAACUUUUGGUGAAAUCGGGAUAUGGAGGUCCAACUGCGUGAACUUUUCUUAAAAUUGUUUUUCAUAAGAAUUAAAUGUGUCAAUAUUUUAACAAAAUGCGAGAAUCUUAUUAAUGGAAUAUUACAUCUUGUUAACACACUUGAGAGGUUUUACUUUAUAUGUUAAGUGUUCGAUGUCUUUUACCCCUCAGUCGGCAGUCCUUCGACGAAAAGGUUCCUCAAAGCAUGUCAUGGAUGAACUGAAAACAAGACAGAAAUCCUUAAGACGGUCUACAGCCAGAAAUCUUCAAACUUAA